AUGUUCAUUGACAUCUUCGGCACUGUAGUCAAUUGGAGGUUUACUGUUACCCAGACACUUGAGAAACGAGCCUUAGAAGUCCUCGAGUCACCUGUUGCCAAGCUAUCUCCAACCUUACGGGUAACAGCAUCGACUACAGAUUGGGCCGCCUUCGCACAAAAGUGGCGGGAGGCUUACUAUCACUUCUGUGUGACCUACGAUCCUGCUAAACUCAAUGGCGAUCAGAGUAGCUACAAGACCAUUGACCAGCAUCAUCGUGAGAGCCUUGCCGAGAAUCUGGAAACUUUUAGCUUGACUGGGUUUUGGUCAGAUAAGGAUCUGGAUGAGCUGGCCCUCAUAUGGCAUUAUCUAGCACCAUGGCCAGACUCCACGCGUGGCCUCGAACUCCUGAAGCAAAAAUUUGUCACCUCGACCCUGAGCAAUGGCAAUGUCAGUCUGUUGCAAGAUUCGGCUACGACGGGCAACCUGAAAUUCACUCAUGUUCUCUCUAGUGAGAUGUUUGGAGCAUAUAAGCCGAACUCACUGGUGUAUAAUGGCGCGGCACAACGCCUAGGAGUGCCGCCGAAUCAGUGUGCUCUUGUCGCGGCUCAUCUAGGUGAUUUGGAGGGUGCCCGUCACUGUGGAUUUCGAACGAUCUAUAUUGAUCGGCAAAACGAGGAAGGCUGGAACCCAGAGAACAAAGAGAAGGCGAAAGAAUGGGUGGAUCUGUGGGUGGACGGGUGCCAACAGAACUGCAAGGAUGGAUUUGUCGAACUUGCGAGGCUCUUUGGCAUCAUGGAUGCCACCUGA